UAGAUUGUGCAAGAAGUCCAACCCUCCUACUUGUUCGUUAAGCUGGAGGAAAAACUUCCUUAAAGUGAAAGCAGGAUCGACCACAUUCAACUCCACAACUCUGCAGCAAGCCACGUUUGAAAGUUGAAAUUGCUAAAGAGCAGCGAUGGGUCUCUUUAAUAAUAUCAAGUUCUUUGUGCUGUGCCACGGAUUGCUGCAACUUGCGCAACUCUUGGUGUCUGGCUAUCUGAAGGGCUCCAUAUCUACAAUAGAGAAACGAUACGGCCUUUCCAGUCAGAUGUCUGGACUUCUGGCCUCGUUUAAUGAGGUGGGAAACACAGUCCUUAUUGUGUUUGUGAGUUAUUUUGGAAGCCGAGUUCACAGACCCAGGUGUAUUGGGAUCGGAGCGUUAAUUGCAAGCAUGGCAGCGUUUCUAAUCGCUUUGCCGCACUUUUUCAGUGGCAGAUAUCAGUAUACAGAUCACGUGGACAAUGCUACAGAGCAGGUCUCUGGACUUUGUGAAGCAGUGCACCAGACCAUACCUUCGAACCAGACAUGCUCCGAAAACAAAAGUCAUGCCAACAAUGCAGUGUUCCCUAUUCUGCUCUUGGGGCAGUUGCUUUUGGGAAUUGGCGCAGUUCCGAUCCAACCUUUUGGUAUCUCAUACAUAGAUGACUAUGCAGAUAAGAAGAACUCGCCAUUUUAUCUUGGAAUAUUGUUUGCAUUGACUGUGUUGGGACCAGCCAUGGGUUACUUGUUGUCCUCAGUCCUGCUCAGGGUCUAUGUCGACUUCAACAUAAUGUUACCUGGUGAGAAAGAGAUCUUCUCAGAUCCACGUUGGGUUGGAGCUUGGUGGAUGGGUUUCCUCCUAGCUGGUACCUUGCUCUUCCUUACCUCCCUGCCAUAUCUCUUUUUUCCCAGAAGCAUGAUAAGAGAGGAAACCGCUGAUCCCACUGCAGAAUCGGGAACAGAAAAGCUAAAAGAGAAGGAGGAAAAUGUAGCGGACACGACACAUGGACUUUCACUUAUCCUGUUCCUUAAAAAAUUCCCCGUCAUCAUGCUGAGAACCCUGAGGAACCCCAUUUACCUUUUGGUAGUGCUCGGUCAGGUGAAUCUAGCAGCUAUGGUCGCUGGACUGGCCACGUUCAUGCCAAAAUACAUCGAGAGACAGUUCGGUCAGACAGCCUCCUUCUCUAACGUGAUGAUCGGUGGAUUAAACAUCCCAUCAGCCAUAAUGGGCAUCAUAAUGGGAGGCGUGAUCCUCCGCAGGCUCAGUCUGUCCGUCAAGGCCUCUGCGUUCCUGUGCAGCGUCGCUUUACUGUUGUCGAUCACCUUCGCCAUGCCGCUUCUCUUCCUCGGUUGUUCGACGCAGAACGUUGCCGUUAUAAACCCUACCGACAGCGAAAGCUUUGCCAGGCACCAGAAUUGCAGUUUGGCAUGUUCCUGCUCUGAUGAGGCGUACAAUCCUGUGUGUGGUUCCGAUGGCGUGGAGUUUCUUUCUCCCUGUCACGCUGGCUGCAAAAUCGAUGCCUCCUCGCAGAACUACACAAACUGCGCGUGUGUGGGUCCUGUGGGUUCACCAGGUUCUGCCGUGAAAGGACCCUGCGGGAACAAUUGCUCUCACCUCCUCAUCCCUUUCAUGGUCUUCUCAUCGCUCACGUGCUUCCUGGCAUCACUUUGUCAGACGCCAUCGUUUAUGAUGAUCCUCAGGACUGUGACGCCUGAAGACAAAUCCUUCGCUCUGGGAAUCCAGUACAUGCUCUUCAGAGUGCUCGCGUUCCUUCCGGCUCCUGUCCUGUAUGGAAGUGCCAUUGAUUCAACCUGCAUCCAGUGGGGGAAAAAGUGCAAUAAAAACACUUCCUGCCAAUAUUAUAACUUGGAUUAUUUCAGACAGAGAUUUCUUGGACUUCAGACGUUUUUCGUGUUUGGAGGUCUGGUCUUUUUCGUCCUCUCCUUCCUGGUCCUGAGGCGAACUGAUGCAGCUCAGCGGAAGAUACCUGAACAAAUUAAGCGCUGCGGCACAAGCGAGAAGCAGGACAUGAAACCGAAAUUACUGAAAUGUCCAAAAUGAUGGACUGGGAAACCUGGGAGAGGAACUCUCUGAAGUACUGAGGGAUUUUUCAAUUCUUUAUUACUUGUUUUUUGGUGGCAUUAUGAUCAAUCCAGAAUAUGAAAAAAAGAAUUCAGUGACAGACUGUUGUAUAUAGGCAUCAUCUGUGAGAUAUAGAAACACAUCUAAUAUUCUUUUUUUUCCAGCGAACAUAAAAACACAACUCGUCACCACUCCACUGCUGUGCCAGUUAGGCAUCUGCAUGUGUGAACACGCUGAACACGCUGAACAUGCUUACACACUGUGAAACCAAUGUAUCUUCUUUUUUUUUUUUCUUUAUCUGAGCCUUUAGUGAAAGUGUCUGUUCUAUCGAAAGCAGGUUCAGCUGUUUUCUACUACUAUAAAGAAGUCGAAGGUGUCUUAUGAGCUUUGCAGAUUCAGCCGAGUAUGGAAAAGCGAAGUGGUAGUGAGGUUCAACUCCACCAAGUUUCCACGGCGGGGCUCUUAAGCAAACAACCCCAUCCCCCCUCCCCCCAGCCCCCAAACUGUGAGCGAUAAUUUAAAUAUAAGAUUUCCUCGAUAAGGCCAAAAAUGUGAAGGCGAAAUGGGACUGUUACUGAAGCGUUACUAAACAAAAAGACAGCGUAGAUUCUAAACGUAAGCCCGGGUGCACAUUGUGCAAUUUUUAAUAGUCCUUUUCAUUGUCGCUUGUCAGACUGUACGAACAUGACAUGACAUGAACAGCUCACAAUUUAAAACCUCAUUUGUCACAACGUCAGACUGUACGACAAUCAAAAUCUGACUGGCACAAGAAAAAAAACACAUCCGGAGUGAUCAGACACGCUCAGACCCACGUUCUCACGCUAAUAGUAGCUAGUAGCAAACCAAACCAAAACAAAAAAUUUUGUUCAUGGCAUGAAUUGAUGAUUAAAAACAUCAUCUGAACGCUCUUCUUCCCUCCAUAACUCUUUCUUUACUUACUUUACUGUCCACCUGCGUCAUUUCGACGUUUUCCCUGAGGUUGGUUGAACUUUGAAUUGAUUGUAUCAUCAGGUUCGGUGCUUCUGUUGGUUCUUUUUUGAAGUCACACUGAAUCUUUUGACACUGAGGAAAAUAAUGACCGCAACGGCCAUUAAUCGGCUGUCUAUGAGAACAAGAACACAAAGAACACAGAUUUUAGCUGAGGAUUAUGUGGAUCUUUGAGGAUUUUCAAAAUUUCUUUGUAAUAAAAAAAAAAAAAGUAACCUACUUCUUAACUCCAUAUAUUGACCUACAUUAAUAUAUAUAUAUAGUGUAUGUAUAUGAUUAUACUUAGCUAGUUUAAAUGUGUACUCUGAAAUUAUAUUCUAUUUUGUUUGGCUCCUAUAUCAUGUUAUUGCAUUUGGAUAUUUAGGAAGUUAUAUACAUUCUGUGACAAAUGUACAGACUUUUGGAUCUGGGGAAAAAAAAACUGUUACAGUCCAAUUACAGAUAAUACGAGAACAUUUUCUGGUUCUCUUUCAUGCAGUUCAAUGAAAUCAUACUGAAGCUAGAAUAAGCAAUAACCAGUACUUCCUCCAUCGUUUGAGCUUUCUACUGAAGUUCUUCGUCCGGAUUUGUCAAAUCGUUCUCCUUGUAGCAGCGAAUUCCUGGGUUCUGGGACGAUGCUACUGAGAGACGAUGAGGUCUUUUUUUUCUGGAUUUCAUUCAUCUUAAAAUCUUCGUUUUUCUGCUUACCACGUGUGUAAAGAGUAGUUCAGCAACUUGUGAAAAGGCCAUCAUGGCAUGUUCAACACACUUAUUCCCUCCUCAUUCUGAUGUUUGAUGUGAUCUGAAGCUGAGCUGUAAAUGCAUGAUUGUAAACAGUACAUUAAACAUGAGUGGCCGAUCAGACGGUGGUAGAAGUUGAAUGAGCAGGAGUUAACGUGGCUCAUGCGUAUAUAUGGACACCAACACUAAUUCAAUAUCUGCAGUCGAUGUGAAAUCACACUGCAAAGCUGUAAAUGAGUAAAGAAUGUGAAUUGUUUGUUUUUCAAGAUUUUCACUGACAUUCAGCAAUGUUCCAAUCAAAUGUGACUUAUAUAAUACAAAUGUAAUAUCUAUACUGACUAGAAGUUUCUGUUGGCCUUCGGGCGAGUGUUUUGUACUUCUGUGUGAUUGUAUGUCAUUAAAAAAUGCAUUUUUUUUUCUCA